AUGGAAAAUUCUUUUAUGGAAAUUUCCAAGGAAAAAGAAGCACCGCUUGUUGCAAUAUCAUUUUGGGAUUUCUUUCCUGGUGUAUCUCAAGUUAAAAGUUUAGUUCAUCUUGCCGCUGGUGAUGAAGAAGGUGCUAUGAGAACUCAGGAGAGAUUUGUUACGAAAACUCCUAUUGUUUCUCAUUGCACGACCGGUAUUGCAAAAGUAUGCGGUGACGAUCCUACGGCUAAACAAUGCUGGGAAGGAGGAAAUAGUAGCUUGAACUCCUUUCCUGUGGUUGGACACACCAAAGGUUUACUACAUUAUGCCGUUGGCGACGUGAAAGGUGGGAACAAAGCCAUGGGAAUGGCUACAAGUACCUCACUUAAUAUGAUGGAUUCGGUUCCAGUCGUUGGUCAUGUUAAGGCUGCGGUUCAUUACGCUUUGGAUGAUAAAGAAGGCGGUGAUCAUGCCAUGAUAUCAGCGACCAGGACAACGACAGUUACGACAGCCGGUGGUCUUGGAUUUGUAGCAGGUGGCCCUGUUGGAGCAACGGUGUUAGGUAUCAAUGCGGGUAUAGGAUAUGAUUGUGCAACUAUGGCUGUAACCGAUGGUAAACAAGUGAACGGAAUCUGUCAGAUUAUUGAGAAGCCCACUGACGUAGACUCGUACUUCAACGCAGGUAUGAGUAUGGUUGGCGAUAGUUUGACCGGCUAUGCAGGCGGUAAGGUAACUGAAAGAUACACGAAGACUGCAGAAAUUUCAACAGCAGAAAAUUUAAGAACUAUUCGUCAGAAAAAUGGUUUUGCAGAGAAUAGCAAUGUUGCUACAGGAGAAAAUGGUAAAGAGAUUUUCUAUGAAGCAAAGGAUAUGCAAACAGGUAAAGCUUAUUCUGGUGUCAAUGAAAGUGUACGUAAAAUAUAUGCUGAUCCUGCUCCACGCCCUAACAAAUUUCUUGAACAGCAUCCGGAUAUUGAAACUCCGCUUAAACGGCAUCCAGCCAGUUGUGCUGAAGCAUAA